AAAACGACGCGCAAGAGGACGGUGGAGCCUGCCUGCAGAGCGUGCUUGAUGAGCUUGGAAGGAUGGUGUGUGCACCGAUGAUGACGCUUGAGUGAUGGGUCUUCCUGGACUUGCCGUUCACGAGGCACGGUGCCUCUUUCGCGAGAUCGUUCGCCUCCAUCAGACCAAACUGCCCGAGAAGAUGGUCAGUCAGAUGCACCACACCGCCGCACUCAUCAACUACUCCCUCAUCAGAAGACACCCGAACUGCCACGUGGCUGUCUGUCUUCUGUGUGUGAAUGUGCUCAUCAGAGGGGCCUGGGCGAUGCCUUCCUGAAGCGUGAGUUUCGGCAGCAUCUGUUCGGCGGCACGUGCACGCCCAGACAGUUCGAGAUGUUCAUGGCACACUGGCGCAAGUACGGGGCCACCAUACGCCGGCAGGAGAACGUCAUCGGCAAGAAAAUGAUGAAAACAGAACGGGAAAAACUCAGCGAAGAACAAAGGUGGGCACCUGGCCAAACAAACAAACAAACAAACAAACAAACACACAGGCAGGCAGGCAAAACGGCGGGAAAGGCAGACCCUCACUGUGUGUUGUGUGUGUGGUCACAGGCGGCAGUACGACAAGCUGAGGCGAGCUGUUGCACGCGAAGCGGCAGAGAAGGAAACAUAGUGACUGACGGGAUGGAUGGAUGGAUGGAUGGACUGAUGCUUUUCUAUUGUCGAGGAAGUGAGAUGGAUGCCUGGAGUGAGCGGUGGGGCCGUGUACAGAGAGGGAUGGAAGGCCAAACUGACCGGUGUGCAGCAGAUCUAUCAUCUUGUGCCUUGCGUAUCCAUGUAUGUAAUUCGGUUUAUGAACGGACAAGUGACCAAUGUGGUCGUGUGAACUGAAUGGUCAUGUGUAC